AUGUCGACCAGCGGACUAAAGGCGAUUUCUCCGGUGCCCACCGCUGCGGACUUCCUGGACAUUGUCUUGUCGAGGACGCAGCGGAAGACCCCCACGGUCAUCCACAAAAACUUCAAAAUCAGUCGUAUCCGGAACUUCUACAUGCGCAAGGUCAAGUUCACGCAGGAUUCAUUCGAUGAAAAGUUGAGCGCGAUCCUAGAAGAGUUCCCUAUGCUUGACGACCUCCAUCCGUUUCUCUCAUCCCUCAUGAACGUCCUGUACGACAAGAACCAUUACAAACUUGCGCUUGGCCAGCUUCGGACGGCACGGCAUCUGAUUGACCAAGUAGCGAAGGAUUACGUCCGUCUCCUCAAGUUCGGUGACAGUCUGUACCGCUGCAAGCAGCUCAAGCGGGCAGCACUCGGUCGAAUGGCGACGAUCAUGAGGCGCCAGAAAGACCCCCUCGCCUACCUCGAACAGGUCCGGCAGCACAUCUCCCGCCUCCCCGCGAUCGACCCCACCGCGCGCACGCUGCUCAUCUGCGGGUACCCGAACGUCGGCAAGUCCUCCUUCAUCAACAAGGUCACCCGCGCGGACGUCGACGUGCAGCCGUACGCGUUCACCACCAAGUCGCUCUUCAUCGGGCACCUCGACUACCGCUACAUGCGCUGGCAGGUGAUCGACACGCCGGGGAUCCUCGACCACCCGCUCGAGGACAUGAACACGAUCGAGAUGCAGAGCAUCACCGCGCUCGCGCACCUCAAGAGCUGCGUGCUCUACUUCAUGGACCUCUCCGAGCAGUGCGGGUACACCAUCGAGGCGCAGUGCAAGCUCUUCCACUCGAUCAAGCCGCUCUUCGCCAACAAGCCGACGCUGCUCGUCAUGAACAAGGUCGACGUCACCCGGCUGGAGGACCUCGCGCCUGAGAACCGCACGCUGGUCGAGGAGAUCGUCAACAGCGAGGGCGUCAUGCACGUGCAAGUGUCGUGCUAUACGGACGAGGGCGUCAUGGAGCUCAAGAACAAGGCGUGCGAUGCGCUGCUGGAGCACCGCGUCGACCAGAAGCUCAAGGGCAACAAGGUCAACUCGAUCCUCAACAGGCUGCACGUCGCGCAGCCGAGGGCGCGAGACGACGUCGUUCGCGAGCCGUUCAUUCCUGAGGCUGUGAAGCAGCGGAGGGAACAGGAGAAGAACGAUGCUGAGAAGCGACGGUUGGAGAAGGACAUCGAGGCUGAGGAGGGUGGUCCUGGAGUGUACAACAUCAACCUCAGAAAGAACUACAUGCUCGCUGAUCCUGAAUGGAAGAUGGACAUCAUGCCAGAAAUUAUGGACGGCAAAAACGUCGCAGACUUCAUCGACCCAGACAUCCUGGAGAAGCUCGAGGCCCUGGAGCGGGAAGAGGAGAGGCUCGUGGCGGAGGGCUUCUACAACAGCGAGGAGGACAUGUUCGACUCUGAGGACGAGCGAGAAGCAGCCGAAGCGAAGAUCGCGCGACAACAUAAAGUGACUUCGCAGAGCAUGAAGAAAGCGAUGAAGAACCACGCAAGAAUGCCCCGGACGACCGGCCUGCGCACGCUCAGCGAGCUCACGACGGAGCUGACCAAGGCCGGCUUGGACCCGAGCAGGAUCCAGGAGCGUGCAGCGCUGCUCGCGAAGGUCGCCGGUGCGAAGCGGAAACGGCAGCGCGAGGAGGACGAAGAGGACGCGGAGAUGGACGUGGACGUGGAGGAUGUGGAGGGCGGCGAGGUUGGCGAGGCGGAGUGGAUGGACGUGGACGAGGCGGAAGCGCCUGCCCCGAACAAGCGGGCAAAGGCGAACUCGGGCGCUGUCAUCACGAAGGGAAAGCGGGAGCCCAGGUCGGACAGACGACUGGCAGGUAUGCGGGACGAGGCGCAAGCUUCAAAGGCCAUCAAGUUACGCGAUCUGGGCCACAGGGCGCGCAACAUGCACGCGAGGGCCGGCGAAAGCGACCGCGCAAUCAAAACCAAAAUGCCGAAGCAUCUCUUUGCUGGCAAGCGGAAGAUGGGCAAGACGAAUCGCCGGUGA